AUGUCAACAACAACAACAAUUAACAAUAUGGAAGUUAGCAAAACUGCCCGCACUGUAAUGAUUGUUUGUAUGCUAUUGAUGGGUAUGACACUCAUUCAUGGCGCAACAACAGCCAUUCAACUUAAAAGUUCAGGUGAUACUGUGACUGGAUCCGUCAGCAAGGGAAUUAUGAAUAUGUAUUAUAUUAAUGUUGAUAGUGUUAGUUCAAUGUCUGUCCAAUUCACCAACACUUAUUCAUCAUCAUCUGUUAAUGUUUAUAUCAAAGCUAAUCAACCACCAACUACCUAUAAUUAUGAUAGUAUUAUUACCUAUCCAGGUGUUUCAAAGAGUAUUAUUACAUUGAAGAAUUCAACUCUCACUCAACCAUAUUAUAUUGGUGUUUAUGGUCUUGGUAGUUCUACUAAUUAUUAUACUUUACAAGUUAGUGUCAUCUCUGGACAAGAUAUUGCCAAUUGGGUUAUUGGUGUUAUUGUUGCUGCUGUUAUUAUCACCAUUUUGUGUGCUGUUGCUGCUGUAUUAAUUCCAAUCUUGAUUUGUUGUGGUGUUCUCAGUUGCACAGUUUGUUGUGGAGCCGCAGCAGGUGCAGCAGCUGGAUCAGCUGGAUCAUCAGGAACCUAUCAACAAAUUCAUCACAAUCAUACCAAUCAUGUUCAUCAUUCUAUUUCUCAACCAAUUGCUCAACAACCAACUACUUAUUAUUCUGGUCAACAACCACCACAACAACAACAAUACUAUCCACAACCAACUUCUGCUAAUUAUCAAAAGGUUUAAAUUAUUAAUUUAUUAAAAUUGAUUAUAAAUCUA